GAGUAACCUUCUCUCGAAGUGGAGCGCUGCAGCGCUCGAGCUCAGUGGGACUAGGGGCGUUGACGUUCAUCCACGAGCAACGGGACCCGUGAACGUUUGUGGACAGCGGACAUGGGUGUUUGUUCAGCGCCUUCCUACUUUGUCGACCGUGUGUGUCGGUUUUUGAGGGAGCGCGGAGGAGUGCGUUAUGUUAGGUGCGAUGCGGUCAGACGGUAAGUCGCGUUGCGCGUCAGGACCCUUUGACGUGUUGUACUGUCGAGGCUUUUUUUUCCUCUCAACUUUUCUUAAAAUCUGUCCCACCGUAAACUCUCGUUGUCCGUCGCCGUUUUCUCUGGGAGCGAGUGUACGACAAGGCCCGUUUAAUUAUAGAGCACAAUUCGUACACAAGGCAAUUCAAAGUGCUUUACAGCUACAUAAAAUGACCUGGUACGUAGCGGCGUACGGAACUAACAGUCGUCGUUGGAACAAUGGCGGUGCAGGGGCGGGGAGACACCGACCGAGCACGCGAAGAAGAAAACAAACUGGAUUUACGAUUAAAUCGUUUUGCAAAUUAUUAUGUUAUGAAGAAAGCAGUACAAUUUGAAGACAUAUGUAUGUACAUACAUGCACGGUAUCUGACAGAUCUAGAGACUGCCAUGUGCAUUUGAACGAGACAAACUGUUAAAAUGUUUGCUCAUGAGAUUGGAUGUCUCUUUCUCUUUCUCUCUGUCUCUCGCUCUCAAGGAUCCAUAUAUUUUCCACUGCUCCGAAGUCUGUGAAAAACAUUUAAAUGUUAUACUCGCGCUUUUUUUCUGUGUGUGUGUGUGUGUGUGUGUGUGUGUGUGUCCGUCCUGCUCACGUUGUUUUAAUACUGAGGCUAGUGGUUGUAAGGUUAAGGUUGCUGACCACCAGAGGUUGAGGUCAGCAAAAGUAAUGCUCUCGUUUAAAAUCUUCAACAAUAUUGGUACUAGUCUGCUGAUUAUUAUUAUUAUUAUUAUUAUUAUGCGUUAACGGAAUCGUGUCCUGUCUCGGACAGAUUUUAGCUAACAUUCGAAUAAAAUGUCCCUUAAAAUAUUGAUAAAAAUGAUCGUAUCACGUUUUCAGCUGAUUUUAAUGGUGUUAAACUAAGCUUUAACUUCUUACCUUUCGAGCUAAAUAUCGUUUACAUUUUUUUUGAGUUAGCUUUGCCUUAACUAGAGCCAGCACUUCUGGUUUUUCGGGGGUAUUAACUUGUUACAGGGUCACCAAAAUGCUGUCAACAUAUCCGGGAUCGUUGUUCUGUCCUUCACAAUAAGAUAUCAAGCUUCAACAACUCCAAACUGCAAUAAAAGCUCCGUAGUUUCCAUUUGAGUCUAUACCACCACCUGCUGGAUGUUUUGUUAAACUCUUCUCAUGUCAGUCAGUUGAAAAACACCAGGUCAUGCAUGACAUUUAACAAGUAUGCAAACGCACACAUCUUGUAUAUAACAAUUACUAUCAACACAGUGCAGAGUAAGAGUUAUAUUACAACUAAAAGCACAAGUAUUCAUGAUUGAAAAGCUACAUUGUUAAAGCAAAAGACAAAUGACUUGUGCAAAUCUUUGUAAAGAUGAUACAUAUUUAUUUAAAUAAAAGAGACUAAAACUAAAUACAAAAGAGACAACAACUAAAUUAAUCAGGACACAAAUAACAUUGAAAAUAAUCCUCCUCGUCCCAGCCCACACACGUGGUGUGAUACCACGUGUGGCAGCGGUCACACUGGACCCACGACACCAGUCCCUCUGAGCUCUUGGGAGGGUCGGCUUCAUUUGUGUGACUCCAAAUGCAAAAUAAGUGUGCACUGACCAGGAGACGGGGGAAGGUGGCGGUGUCCCUCAGCAGGCAGGCUCGGAGCGAUGAUGUGCUGGCAGGCAGAAGAGUGGACAGAGCGGGAUGAGGGACCGGCGAUGGAAAGUCCGGAGCUGGUGGCUGAGGUAGCCCCGAGGGACACUGGUCUUCUGCGGCUGGGGUGGGAGCCGCCAGACAGGGUAGAGGAAGUUGCUGCCGGCCCGCUGCUGCUCUCUGGCUUGAGCCUCCCUCCUCGCAGCUCGAGCCUCACUCCUCCCUCCUCGCAGCUCGGUCCUCCGCUUCCUCAAUCACAUCAGACAUCUCCUGGGCUGUCAGUAACCUGGCCUUGGUGACGUUCCUCCUGACCUUACCGGUGUGGCAGUUAUUAUUUAUUUCGUCCAGGAGGUGGGCCAGGUCAAUUGAAAUCCGGCCUGAUGUCACCAGGGGGCACGAUGACCUUCCUUCUGGAGGAGUCCAGCUCAGACCCUGUCUCGUGCUCCUCAAGGGUGGUGGUGAGGAGCCUAAAAUACUCCGCACAGGAUGCCCUCCCACGGUCAAUGAUGUCUGGGGUCCGAGCGGUAAGGCGAUGGUGGUGCCGCUCCCGGAAGUUAAUCCACCACGUCGGGCCUGGGUGCUGCCUGAUGGCGCUCAUUGUAAAUGGCCAGAGCGUGGGCCAGGACCUGAGGCUUCGUCAGUGGAAACUCAUAACUGGCAGAGUACAAGCAGUACUCCACCAGGGAAUCCUCAUCUUCAGGGGUGAGGCAUGUCCUCUGACCCAGGACACAGUCAGAGGACACCCUUCCACUGACUCGGUCACUCAGGCUGGACUUCGGGACCCCAAACUGCUGGGCUGCCUGCCGUAGAGUGAGCCUGCCUGCUUUCACCUCCUGUAGGGCCUGCAUCAUGGCCUCCUGGGACCACUUUCUUGUCUUCCUCUUCCGGAUUUGCCGGAUGUUUGGCAUCUUCAAAAAACAUUAAUUUUGGCAGUCAGAAAUUAAAUUUCUAAAUUAGUUUUAAAUGUCUUAAUAAGGUUGAUUAAUUCUAUAAAUUGCCAGUUCACCAUGUAUGUAUAUAUAUAUAUAUAUAUAUAUAUAUAUAUAUACACUAUUGCAGAUUUAAUAGAUUUUUCUAUAUCCAUCUUUUUUCUCCCUUCGAUCUGUCUUUUCAGGCAGGAACAUGAACCACACAAGAGAGAAAUUUACUCAACAAUAUUACAUUUUAUGAACUCUAUAUAUAACCUAGCACUGUAUUAUAUUGGAGGUUUAUCUACAUUUCUAAUCAUAAGAGCCACUGCUGACUUUCAACAAAUGGACAGACAGUCUCUCUCAAACACAAACACACCAACAUUAUUUGCAUAAUUUAAUAGUAAGAUCAUUGUGCAUGAAUAUACUUGAUGUAGCCUGGCUUAUGAAAAACAUGUUAUGUCUGCCUUUGUUUUCAGAGCUUUAAACAAACAGCUGCCUCCAUUUUAUAGUGCUGCGAUUGUGUUCGUUUUUCCCGCUGACGCAACUUUUUUAUUUUUUUUCCAUCCGUCAAACAUUUCUGCCAGCCCCCUCCCUCGACAAGUCUACAUCACACAUGAUGGCAUAUUUUCAUUGCCUAGUGUAAAGCUAGCGACAAAAUGGAUUCAUAUGCUAGCUCAUAUUAGCAGUACGAAAAUACAGAAAUACUUUUUAAGAGUAAAGAUUGUCGCCCGAGUGUUCUUACUGCUUUCUCUUUAUUAACGUAACUUUCCUGUAUUAUUUAGACAUGUAAACAUCCAUAUAUCUUAAUGAAAUUUGACACGUAGAUUCUUUAUGUAUAAAAUAGUUCCACUUACACUUUAAUCGCGAUCGCCAAAGAAAAAUGCCGGGAAAAAAAACAGAAAUGCGUCACGUCGGUUUAGGCCGAAUCAAGCAAAUCAUAGCUUUUGCUGUCCAGGUCAGUCCACCGGUACGCUACAUGUAUUCCUACAGAGAAAGUCAAUGUUUUUAGCCUUUUUAUGCUGUGUUCACGCCAAACGCGGUCCGAAUUUUGAGUAGUCAAUGCACAGACGCGUUUGACGCGAAUCGAGUGGCGUGAAUUUUUCGCCAGUGUUGAAAUAUUUCAACUUUGGCGAAAACUAAGUCAGCUUGUCUAAUAUAACAAGGCAGACAGGGUUUGUCAACUCUUUGCAUGUCUGUCUCCUAUUGUUGCUCAAUUACCUCAAAUCCAUUGCUGUCUGUGCUUUGCUUUUGUGUUUAGUUCUAGUAGUUUAAUUUCCAUUACAAUGCUUUGUGGCCCCUAGUAUUCUAAAAUGUUACACAUGCUAACUUCCCCUGAAGAGAGUGUAGCAUCAGGGGGUUUACGACCAGAGACUUAGGCCCUGUCCACACUACCACGUUUACAUUUUUAAAAUGCAUAUAUUUUGCUACGUUUACACUGAAACCUGAAACAAAGGAGUUUAGAAACGCUCCAAAGGACAAAUACGUUUGAAAACUCCAGGGUUACAUCCUAGUGAACGGCCAUAAGCAAAGAGGUUUGGAAACAAUGAUGAAGACACCCGCGUUCGUUAGCAAAAUUCCUUCCCUAAAUUCGUCACACCCCGAUCAAAGAGCAACAGUUCAGCUUUGUUGUUGGUCCAAGCAAAGGACUCCACUGUGCUAGGGCUUUGUGCUUGGCUAUUGGAAAAUGCAAAAGACCGUAGCAUUGGCGCAUACAGAGUGAAUAAUUAGCAUGUGUGUGUGUACUUUGCUUAGUAGCUACUGACACGGUGUCAUGGAGAAGGCAAACAACUAGAUUAGAUUUCACUAAUUUCUAAUGAAUAUACUAUGGGGGACAAUGUCAGGGUUCCCAUGCUUUCUGUAAAACAGUUGACAUUGAAGGCACAUGGAAAAUAUGAGAGAAAGCCAAAUGUUCUGAAAAAUUAAAUUUUUUAACUUUUACUAUCAUCUUUUGGCUGAGGCUGAACUACCAGGCUCUAUCUUGGCUCUCCAAACCAGAUAACAUGGCCAUCUGCAAGUUGUUCAGGAUCAUAUUAACAUUGAAAUGCAAGUUUACAAUGGGGUUUCCUAGUAUUGGAGGUUGUCAAGUAGAGUUUAGAAUACGGCUUAUAUAAUUAUUGAUUUAUGUAAUGCGAAUUCAUUCAAAUUGUCAUAUCUGAGAACAUCUAAACAGUGAUUUUAAUAAGUAUUCUGGUGACAUAAAGCACUGCAAGAAACUGUUGAAUGUGUCCUCAUAUGCCCUAGUCAUUGAGUCAUUUGACUAAAUGAGGAAGUGCAUCCUGCUGGGGGAAAUACAUCUGUGUGUUAAUCUGAUACAAUGAAUGGUGUCAGCUGAUCAGCUGGCUGGGAGAUGUGUGGAAGAGGGGACGGCUCAACUGGACAACAGAGGGACUCGGAGCAUUGAGUUGCAUUUGGCUUUGGACACUGUGGCAAUCAGCUGAGGACAUCAUCCGAGGACUUUUGUCUCUGGCCACGGCAAAGAAGACACAGAUUGCAAGCAGGACUUUGCUGCCUGAGCUUCUCACAUCCAACCUGCAGGAGAGGAAGGACAUCGUUUUCUGUGACUUUAUUUGAAAAGCAAAUGAAGUCAUCACUUGAAAGAUUGCUCUACAUGUGAUGCGAUCUGGAUGUCCGCACAGCCAAGGAGGAUUCUAUUCUGCAUGCCAACACUGGCGUAACGUUGGUGCUCGUUCAUUCCCGCAGGCCAUCAAUGUACCAGUGGUUCACCCUGAGAAUGAAAUGCAAAACAACAUGGUAGCUUCUCAAAAUCCUGGGGACCACGGAGUGGCAUACGGCCCUGCUCUGUUGCAGAAAAGCAAUGCACAAUUGCAACAGAAUUCACAGGGACUUUACCACCAACAGGAAUUACUGGCAAGUACAGUAAGCACUGGAUCCCAGCCCUCCAUACUGAUUAAUACUACGACUAACUUUUGUACAUCAGCACACGUCUCUGUACAGCACAGCAGUUCUCUUGGGACGUCAGUUGGUUACUCUGUAAGACAAUCCUUUAAUAACAGUGGACAACCAAGGGAAUGUCCUACGGUACAUUUUAGGAGACGUUUUCUAAAAGGGUCACAUUUGAACCAGAAUACUGGACUGCAACAAAGAAAAUAUUCGAAUUGUGCCUUUUCCGCUGGUACUAAUUCUGCAGCACUCCAGAGAGACGGCCUUAAAGUAGCACAGACUGUGCCUCUAAAGGUUCAGCAUUAUUCUGAGACUUUGCAAAAAACUUGUCCGUCCGACUCUUUUACCACUAAGUCUUCAUCAGAAGAAACUAAUGUUAACAUGUCGCUCAAUACUGUUGCUCAUGUUUCAGGCAGAAGACACCAUAAAGGUCAACAAGUUAAAGAUUCACUAGCUGCUCUCAACUGUGAACAGACUAGAACACACCAACAUCAUUCAGGAGGAACUCCUUCCACCCCCCAUCAGCAGCAGGUCUCCUCUCCCUCGUUUAGCCUUCAGCCAUCCACGGACAAAGUCUUGUCAGUUGGCGAAAGGAAACCGCCUACAAAUGAUGAAAUACAUGCCAUUAUUUCCGAAAAGCUUGCCUAUUUUUGCAACUAUUUAAUUCAGAAAAAAAGAAGUGAUGGACAUUCCAAUGAGUUGGGCAGGGACUCCAUACUGAAGUCAGUGCAGUCCUGUCUGGCCACAACCUCUGCCUCUAAAGAAGAUACCAUGAUUGAGGAGUGCUCUGCUGCAGUUGGACAAUCUAACUAUUUAGCACAUGAAGAGGACAAUUCAAAAGGCGUUACGUUAAUUCCCCGGUUUAAGGAGACGGGUGAUUGUGCUACAGCUGCAUCAGAGAAACAUUCAACAGAAUAUCCACAUAUAAUGCUGAAAGUUGCUGCCACUUGCACAAAGAAUGAAGAGGAGAGUCCAGUGGUUCUUGCUGCAGUGCCUGGAAUGACAUGGGAUGAUGCCAUGAGGGAGAAGAAACCCACUUUAAUGCUCAACCGCAGCUCGUCACAAGAAGAAUACAAGUCUCCAUCCUUAAAUGGCAACAAGAAUGUGGAUGACAUAGACCAAGUGCCUGGUGCUUCGUGGGCCUUCAACCCCAUGACAGAGAGGAAGAAAGGAGCUACAGCCCUUAAACCUGUGGGGACAGUAGGGUUGGACAGUGUGCAAGGUAUGGUUGAUGUUGCAGAGGAUCCUCAAACCAAGUCAAGUCCAGUGGUGUCUGGAAAUGGAACAUUUGGAUCACUCAUAAAUCGAAAGGCAAAACAAAAGAAAAGCAUUGAGGAUCAACAACAUGCGAGUGAAGACUUGGGUUCUGCGCCAUCACAAACUAAUUUAAGGAUAUCAGUACCUGAAAACAAGUUCCAAAAACAUGCCCAGCGAUGUGAAAGCAAGGUGGAGGAAGCACGUCAACUCUUUAAAGACAGUUCAGACAAUGACGUCUUACAGCUGGCCACAGAACUACCAACCAAAGAGCCCUGGGAAUGUAGCUCUCCUGCAUGUUUUGAAGUACUACAGUAUGAUGAUAUAAGUGAUGCAGAAAGUCAGAUUGAGUCUGUACCUGUGGAGACAACUAUACCUACUCGGGUAGCUGCUCCCAACGAUAGGCAGUCACCAUUUGAAAAUACAGGCGAUGGACAUGUGCAGGGUCAAGCUAAGGUGAUGACUGAAACACUUAUAGCUCAACAUUGUUCUUUGUGUUUUGUUGAAAUUGAUGAUUGUUCUGAAAGUAAGUGUUGCUGUGGGAGACAAACAAAGCCCUCUGUUUCAUAUAGUCCUUCCUCUGUUUUGAGCGAUCUUUUGAGCGAUGACGAUACGACUAAUGAUGAGAUGGAUGAUGACCAUUUAGUCAUACCUAUAGGCAUAUUCGACCUUAGAUAUGAACCAGAAGAGGAGGACCAGGAUAGCCCAGAAACUAAUCUCCCAAGUCCAAAACGCUGCCCAUCUCCAAAUCAUGUGCGAUCUUCUGCUUUCCCCCCGGUGCUGGUGUUUGACACAUGGGAGCACCUUCUGAAAGCUGAGCAAUGGAAGAGUAUAAUUGAUGUGUCAUUUGAACAUGAAAUGGACUCUGAGGGCGAUGUAGAGACACUUCAGAAAAGAGGGUCUUCAGACAGCUGUGGAACUGACGAUAGUUUUGAUUACCCAUCUGCAAUAAAACACAACUAUAUGACAGUGUCCAAAAAGAUGUUUAGGAAAGGCUUAGCACCAGUGCCCUCCAAGACCGAUGAUUCUUUGCCCUCACUGUCUUCUUCAGACAACGAGGUUACAAAUAUGCAAGAUCAGACAUGGGGCAUGGACAAGCCAAUUGAAGCCAAAGCCGUCUCCAAAUGUUUACAAGGGGAAUAUAUAAUAAUCAUGGAUUCUGACACGGAGGAUGAAAGUACACAAAAAUGCAAAAAACAAACAAAGUGGAAACGGUUACGCUCUUCAGACUCAGGGGACAGUGUUGAUUCCCAAUACAGUCAACAAAAGAGACAUUCACCUGACACCUUUAAAGAAAAGAUUUCCCUGGAAAAAAGUGUAAUACUUAUCAACGAUGAGGAUGACCCAGCCCAAAACUACGAAAUGCCAAGAUUUCCCCCUUCCGGUUUGCACAAAGGCGAUGCCCAAUGUGUUCCACUUGAAAGUGUGGAAGGUGAAUGUGGACCUGCUGAAGAAACCAGGCCGUCUUCUGCAGACUCACCACAGCACCAGUCUAAACGUCAUGAACCACAGUUCAGAGAAGUGACGGAGGAUGCAUGCUCUGUGUUGCACAGUGAACAGUUGGUUGAAGCUAGAAGUGGCUCUGACCAUGUACCACACAAGGCCAAGAGACAAAAAAUGCCAAGAAGAGUUGUUAUACCUGAUUCUGAGACGGUGCUUAAAAAAGGACAUUUCAGCAAAAGGAAGUCUGUUAUGAAAGAAACAUUUUCAUCAGGAUCAGAGGACAAUGGUGGUGAUGAUUUAAUUGCUUCAAAAAGCAGACUAAUUGAAUCUGUGAUCUGUCUUUGUAAAACUGCUAACACAAAGUCAUUGUCAGAAUCUGAAGACUUGCCAGAAAAGCAGCCCCAGUCUGUGAUGAAGGAUGCUGACUCCCAUUUGCCUAACACACAUAUGAUUCCUCGCUAUAUUGUGGAGUGUUCUGGAUCCAAAGGAGGCAUUCAACUUUUGAAAGAACCUGUAGUCCACAAGCGAGGUAAAGAUGGUCCUUGGUCGCCAGAGGCCUCCACGACAGCCAGCAAAAAGAUAGAGUCCUGUGACAAGAAUAAAGCACCUAUUUACAGAAAUAAAAAAGUAAGAUUUUUUAUUAAUGAUAAAAACCAAGCAACAAACAAUGUUCAGGACGGUGCACGAAAACCCCCAAGGGUGUCGAGACAGCUUUCCUUACCUGUGCAGGAAGGCCCAUCCACUUCCUUCAGUAGCUUGUCUUCCACAAGUAGACCCCUUCCUGUAGCCAGACAAAGAUCAAGAAGUUGGAAACCGUCAGAAGCCUCUUGUCUGCCAUAUAAUCCCAGAGAACUUUCGUUUCCACCCAACCGACUGCGGUCUUGCAGCAGCUCCUCAACAUUAAAGCAUCCUCCCUCAAAAGGCCCAGCAUCGACCAUGCCAGUUGAAAAUUCAAUUGGCAAUUCAAGGGAAAAAGUAAAUAGCUAUCGGUCAAUCAGGAGAGAUAUCCGAUUGAGGGAGGACAACGUCAGACCACAACGUCAUUGCCAUGACAGGGCCAGAGAUGACCAGGCACCCAGAAAGAGGCACAACCCCCCCAAGCCUGUUACAACCCUGAUGAAGAGAGCCACUAAUGAUGCCAAACAGUGGACCAAGGCCAGAAACCAGGUUUCCUCCAAAGAAAGAAGAGACUCUGUGGGUGAAGGUUACAAGUGGUCAGAGAAGUCAACAAAAGGUUCCAGCUGGGAGGAGGAGAAGAAGGAUAGAUCCCCUCCAAGAUAUUAUCUGUGAGAAAAGGGUGUUUGUGUCUCCGAAUCCGAGUCGUUUGUUUCACGUCCAAAGAGUCCGUUGCCAUUGAUUAGGUCUUUUGAUUUUCCAAAACUUGUUCUGUGUUUUUAAAUGUUCCUGUUACAUACUUUAAAUGUGUUAUACCAUCUAUUUGUGUUAAUGGCAAUGCUUUUGAAUUGUUUGGAGUAAAGUGUUCUUUUUAACCAGCUACCUCAAAAUGUAUAUAAAUGCAUCUCUUAAGUUGUUAAAUCUCUUUGAUCUGAAUGCAGUCGAAACUUGAAACUCUUCAGGUAUUUUGAUCUACAUUAGUAUAUGACAUUUAACUUUUCUUUUUACUUUGAAAACUCUGCACUGUUUGCAAUGUUGUAUCACUUUUUAAAGAGUCAAUGUAUAAAAAGUCUUAAAUCAAACCUUU